CCUAUAUUAUUGAGAGGCGAGGAUAUGAUAGGUAUUGCCCAAACAGGAACUGGAAAAACUUUAGCAUUUCUGCUUCCUGCUUUGAUUCAUACUGAUGGACAGACUACACCACGUGCGAAACGCAAUGGUCCAAAUAUAUUAAUUUUAGCUCCAACACGCGAAUUAGCACAGCAAAUAGCAAAAGAAGUUAACAAGUACUCGUUCCGUGGAAUAAAAGCUGUAUGUAUUUAUGGUGGUGGCAGUCGUCGUGACCAGAUUAGAGAUUUCAGAGAAGGAGCUGAAUGCAUAAUUUGUACGCCUGGACGUCUUAAUGAUUUGGUUCAAGCUAAAGUUGUAGAUAUUACAUCGGUUACAUAUUUAAUAUUAGACGAAGCGGACCGUAUGCUGGAUAUGGGUUUCGAGCCACAGAUUCGAAAAGUUCUACUUGACAUACGCCCUGACAGGCAGACCGUCAUGACUAGUGCCACCUGGCCACCAUGUGUUAGUAGAUUGGCCGAAACCUAUAUGAACAAUCCUAUUCAGGUAUGGGUUGGCUCACUUGAUUUAACUGCCACUCAUUCUGUGACUCAAAAUGUAGAACUCGUGGAUGAUGCGGACAAAUUUAAUACGGUCCUGACAUUUUUAAAAAACCUUAAAUCAAGCGAUAAAGUUAUUAUCUUCUGUUCUAAACGAGCUCGUGCUGACGACUUGUCUAGUGAUUUAUCUCUGAAAGGCCUGUUAACACAAUGUAUACAUGGUUCUCGUGAUCAGGCCGAUCGAGAACAAGCACUGGCUGAUCUAACCUCAGGUGACAUACAAAUUUUAAUAGCAACAGACGUUGCUUCAAGAGGUUUAGACAUUGAAGACAUCACUCAUGUUAUUAAUUUUGAUUUUCCGCGUAACAUUGAGGAGUAUGUUCAUCGUGUUGGUAGAACUGGACGCGCUGGGCGAACCGGCACUGCCAUAAGUUAUAUAACACGCUCGGAUUGGGGUAUUGCAAAGGAUCUCAUUCGUAUUUUGGAAGAAGCUGGCCAAGCAGUUCCAAAAGAACUCUACGGAAUGUCCAAUCGCUUUGACGAGAUGAAAAAAAGACGUGGUAAAGAUUUUAAAAUGGGUAGUCAUUUUAAUCCUUUUUUUAAACACAGUACACCGUAGUGGUACUCAUUUUUAAGAUUAACUUAGAAACAGUUAACUUAGUAACUUGACCACAACAUUGCAUUUUGUUUUUCACAUUACAUCGUAAAUAACCGCAAUGUUUGAUUCAAAUCGAUCAGU